AUGGAUAAAGUAGCAACUGAUGUUGCUAUUAAAAGAUUUGGGGUGAAUAUUGCUUCUAUAUGUAACUGCUGCUUUAAUAACCAUUCUGAGGAAUCUACUAACCAUCUACUCAGUGAUAGUCAUAUUGCCAAUCUAGUAUGGUCCUUCUCUUGUAACUCCUGUGAUAUCAUAUUGGUCAAAGGCCAGACGAGGUUCACAGAUCUUCAGCUCCAGCACCUAUGGCAGGACACGUACAGUAGAAUUGAGAAGCUUUCCCCUGCUAUUCAUUGUCAGAUUGUUUAUUGGCAAAAACCUCAUGUGGGCUGGGUUAAACUUAAUGUUGAUGGCUGUAGCAAAGGUAACCCUAGUCCGGCAGGUGGUGGUGGUCUUAUCAGAGAUCACCAUGGCAUUUUAAUUGAAGCUUUUGCAGAAUUCUAUAGAGAUUGUAGCUGUAAUAUUGCGGAAGCUAAAGCCAUGAUGCGAGGCAUCAAAAUGUGUAUUUCAAAGGGCUUUACAAAUGUUAUAGUUGAAUCGGACUCGUUGAUUCUUCUUAACUUGAUCAAAAGGAUAAGGAAUCCUCCCUGGAGAUUCACAGAUACUAUUGAAUAA